CACGUCAUGAACACCACAUCACAGACCCAUGUGUAUAAAUAUAACCCGUACAUUAAAAAUGUUCAAUCACUUUUGAAAUAUCGAACUUGCGGAUUCUAAAGGUUGUGGCAAUAAUAUAACUUGGACAUAGUUUGAAACCACCGGUAUAUCACCACACCUUACAACUAUCAUGGGAUUGUUUUUAUCUAAAAUUGUCAAUCUAAUCGGUAACUGGGACACAAAAGCGCGAAUUGUGAUGCUAGGAUUGGAUGCCGCAGGAAAAACUACUGUUUUAUAUAAAAUAAAAUUGAACGAAACUGUGACGACGAUACCAACUAUUGGGUUUAACGUAGAGACUGUGAAACCAAAGCCUGGGCUAGAGUUUACUGUAUGGGAUGUGGGUGGUCAAGAAAAAAUACGAGCUUUAUGGAGGCACUACUACACUAACACGGACGGUUUGAUAUUCAUAGUUGACAGUGCUGACAGAACACGAUUUAGUGAAGCUAAGGAAGAAUUAUUCGCAAUAGUGCAAAGUGAUGAGAUGGCGAGAGGAAUACCAGUUGUCAUAUUUGCAAAUAAACAAGACUUGCCAGGUGCGUGCUCCCCGGCAGAAGUUAUUGACGGUCUAGGUUUGCGACAACUGCGUGACAAUCCCUGGCAUAUACAGGGCACCGUGGCCACGAACGGGGGCGGUAUAUACGAGGGAUUCAGUGAAUUAGCUGACAUGGUCAAAACAUACAAACGAGGGAAAUAACAUCCUAUAAGUCCAUCGUAAUUUAUAUAUUUUUAUAUUAAACUAUGUUCAGGUUUUCGGCCAAGCCACACACUCCUAUGCGAACUUGCCUUGCUUUGUAAUGUCAUGUUAUUUGAUUUCUCAACAGUCCAUAGUGCAGAGUCACAUAGAAUACUUUUAAAGUAAAUAUUUAACGCAUUUUUGAAUUUAGAUAUGUUGUUUUUCAUUUGGGACCAUUUGUUAGUAUAAAUUCUAUUUUAAAAACAUAGUAAAAUGACAUUCUUCUAGACGGAAGAAUUGUAUACAUACCUGUUUUAAAUGAACCAUGUACUCCGGAUCUCAAGGACAUUUUAAACCGAAUAAUUAACGCAGGUUUACUGCACAGGUUUACAUUUUGUUGAGCAGUAGAUCUUCACUUAGAUUGGUGUCCUGCUUCAGGUGGGGCCAAGGUUCAACACAGAUUGGGCAAUA